CUGGGAUUGAACCAAAAUGGAGGAGCCAUUGGUUCAAUCUGGCAAAGAAUCGGUAGAAAAGCUGCAAAGUUUAGAGAUGCAGAAACCAUCCUCCACUGAGAGCGUAAAAAGAACAUCAAAAACCAUGAAACCAAAUGUUACAGCACCAUCAAAGGUCACGGGACCAACUGGAACAACCAGAAAGAAAAUAGAACCAGAGAGUGGUUCCAAUUCAAAUUCAAAUAUGGCCAAAUCAAGUUUAACCAAAUCAACUGUAAGCAGUGCUUCACGGAUUACAAAUUUGAUGCCAGUGACUAGAAGGAACAGCACUGGUGGUUUGCCUGAAAAGCAGCCAAUGUCAAUCACAAAACGACAAAGUAUAGAUACCUCAAUUGGGGCGAAAAAGAACAGUUCUUCUGCCUCGGAGCCAUUGAGGCAGUCUCUUCCAAAUGUUAGAAGGGGCUCAUUGUCUUCAGUUGGUACUAAACCUUCUACCCGGGCAAGCAUUUCAGAGAUCAGAAAAUUGGUUCCCAUUUCCCCUGUUGCUAAAACUUCAAGAGCAUUGUCUAGUACUGAUGCGAGCAAGCAAGAUUCUGUUAAGAAAUCGUCCGUGAAAUUGUCAUCGCCUUCUAUUUCUUCUUCAAAGAGGGUUGCAUCUACUUCACUGGACAGCCCUGGCAGCAGCAGCAGCACGGUUAGGAAAGGAGUUUCAAAGGUGGUGUCUUCGCCAUCGGCUCGGUCACCUUCGGUUUCCAGUGGAUCAAGAGCUGGGUCUUUGUCAUCGUCGCUAGACAGAAGUUCCAGUUUAUCUGGCCGUAAGAAAAUGGGGACUCCAGAAAGUCGGGAUUCACGCUUUAUUAUUCUUCCCCAGGUGGAAAUCAAAGCUGGUGAUGAUGUGAGGUUGGAUCUUAGGGGUCACAGAAUACGCAGUCUUAAUGCUAAUGGGUUGAACUUGUCACCGAAUUUGGAGUUUGUUUAUCUGAGAGACAAUCUCUUGUCUACCUUGGAAGGUAUUGAAAUACUGAAGCGGGUGAAGGUUCUUGAUUUGAGCUUUAACGAUUUCAAAGGGCCUGGAUUUGAACCACUUCAGAAUUGCAAAGCCCUACAGCAACUCUACCUUGCUGGGAACCAAAUCACAUCACUUGUAAGCCUUCCUGAACUGCCCAAUUUGGAGUUUCUUUCGGUUGCUCAAAACAAGUUAAAGUCUCUUUCUAUGGCAAGUCAGCCUCGACUGCAGGUAUUAGCUGCCAGCAAGAACAAAAUAUCAACUUUGAAGGGCUUCCCACAUUUACCUGCCCUUGAGCAUUUACGAGUGGAAGAGAAUCCUAUACUUAAGAUGCCUCAUCUAGAAGCAGCUUCUAUUUUACUUGUUGGCCCAACUUUAAAAAAGUUCAAUGACAGAGAUCUUUCUCGGGAGGAGAUAGCAGUUGCUAAACGCUAUCCUGUGCAUGCCGCCUUGUGCAUUCGAGGCGGUUGGGAGUUUUGCCGCCCAGAACAAGCUGUUGGUCGUGGUUGGCUUUCUUGGUCUGGGCAAGAUUGA